AUGGAUGAAAUAAAGAAAAAUAAGUUACUUAAUUAUAAAAAAAAAAGCGGGUGUAAAUAUUUAGUUGCUAGUUGCCUUAUUUGCUUGAUAAUAAGAAUUUUAAUUUUUUUAGUAUUAAAUGUACUAGAAGGAAGUAAUUAUGAAUACAUUAAUAAGCUAAUAAAUAUUGAUGAUAACAUGAAUAAAGGAAAAAGUGAAAUGAACAAUUUGAUUGAGUAUGAAUAUAAUAAAAAUGAGGAAUUAAAAGAGCUUGAGAAAUACUUUCAAAAAAAUAAAAGAAAUAAUCAAUUAAAACAAUUUUUAUUCAAAAAUGAUUCUAUGCAUUAUUCUUUUAAUUCAGAUAUAUAUAAUUUUAAAUAUAUAUAUGAAAGCUAUAUAUUAAGCAAAUUGUAUAAGGACAUAUACCAUUCUUUAAUAGUGAGAAUUAAUCCUUUAUUUUUGAAAUUUAUUCAUUUUAUUAUUUUUAAAAAAUUGAGAUUUAAAAAUAACAUAUUAUCAAGUAUCGGAAAUUAUUAUGAAUUUCGUUAUUAUAUAUUUAUUACUGCAAUAGAUAUAUUAAUAGCUAUUUUUUUAUUUUUAAUUGUUGAAAAAUUAAUGACGUGGAGUACUUAUUUUAAUUACAUAAACCAAAACAAAAAAGAAAAAUGGAAAUUAAUUAAUUCAAUUUUAUUAAUCAAUAUUUACUUAAAUAACCCUCUUACCAUUUUAUCAAAUAGUUUUUUAUCUCUUGACAAUUUUAAGUUACUAAUAAUAACCAUAUCUUUUUAUCUAACACUUUUAAGAAUAAAUAAUUUUUCAAAGAAAUGUUUAUCUAUUCUUAAUUUAUUUAUGAUAAUAUUUUUUAAUGCAAUACUUUUAUAUGUAUCAUCUUUUCAUUUUAUACUCAUUAUAAUAGGAAUAAAUAAUUUUAUUAUUUUUAUCAAUGAAAAAAUAAAUAAAUAUGAAAUCAAUGAAAAUAUAAAAUUUUCUAAGCUUUUUCAUAUGCUAUUAAAAAAUAUCUUUUUACUUCUUAUUACGCUUACAACUUAUUUUCUGUUAAUAUAUAUAUCUUCUUAUGUUAAUGCAAACUCAAUGUUCUUUUUAAAUAAUACAUUGAUUAAUGAAUAUAAAAUAUUAUUUUUAUUGCCAAACUUAGGUAAUUUUUGGUAUAUUUUUUCUUUGAUGUUUAAGGAUUAUUAUUACUCUUUCUUGUUCUUGUUUCAUUUUCAUGUGUUUCUAUAUCCUCUGCCUCUUUUUUUUCGUUUAGUGAAAACUCCGCUUAUCUAUUUAAAAAUCAUGAUCACAAUUGCCUUAGUGUUCCAACCUAAUAUAACAGUUAAUGAUAUAGUAUAUUCCUUGCUACUAUUAUCUAUUGAUUACGAAAAAACUAUACAUACUAUUCCCUUUGUCAAACUAUUAAUAAUAUUAUUAGGGAAUUUAAGUUUAUUCUCUGUAACAAUAAAUUUAUGGAUAAAAAAAAACACAGGAAAUGCCAACUAUGUUUUUUUUAAUCAAAUAGUGAUUUUUAAUAUAAUUACUUAUAUUAUGUCAAAUAGUUUAAGAUUUUAUAUUCGUGUGCAAACACCUAAAAGCCAAUUAGAAGAAGGAAAAUGCAUAUUCGUAUCAAAAAGAAGAAAAAAAUUUAAUAUUUUAAAAGUACUAAAAGAAAAAUUUGAAUAA